GACGGGCGAGGAGGGAGGAAGGUGGCAGCAGCAGCUGAGAUGGAAGCCCUGGAAGGCCGCGGGAGGGAGCUGGCCCAGCUGGCGGUGCAGCAGCAGCUCCGAGCCGCCUACGGGAUCAAGACGAAGAAAGGGAAGCCCCUGCGGUCGGCAGUCGGUGGCGUGGCGAAGGGCAAAAUCUUUGGAAUACCUCUUCAUGAACUACCUCAGCAGAAUGUUCCUGAAUAUGGAAAUAUACCAUGUUUCUUGGUUGAGGUCUGUAAAUACUUGGAAGAGCACAUUCACACUGAGGGGCUCUUCAGAAAAUCUGGAUCAGUGGUGCGCAUGAAAACAUUAAAGAGUAAACUGGAUCAAGGUGAAAGCAGCCUGUCUACUGCACAGCCCUGUGAUGUUGCAGGGCUCCUGAAGCAGUUCUUCAGAGAGUUGCCUGAGCCCAUCCUUCCUACCAACCUGCAAGAUGCUCUUAUCAAAGCUCAGCAACUCAACAGUGAGGAGAGGAUUUCUGCUACACUGCUCCUCUCUUGUCUUAUAAAUGACAAAACAAUUGAUACUCUCAGAUAUAUUUUCAAGUUUCUCAAAAAAGUCUCUCAAAGGUCUGAAGAGAACAAAAUGGAUAGUAGCAACCUGGCAGUAAUUUUUGCUCCAAAUCUCUUGCAAUCAAGUGAACUUGACAAGAUGACUGCUCAUGCAGAGAAGAAACUUCGUUUACAGUCUGCAGUUCUUCAGACAUUAAUUGAUCAGGCAGACAAAAUAGGGCUUUUACCAAAACAUAUCCUGGAAAAGAUACCUGCUAUGCUUGGUAUUGAUGAUCCUAGCUCAACUCCUUCACUCCAAGACUAUGGAGAAAGUGAAAUUCAAACUCCUGGUCAACACCUGAGAAAGAGAAGGCAGAGCAUAGGAGAUGUUUUUAGUGGAGCUCUGAAUAAAUUUAAAUCUAACAGAACACCCUCCACAACACCUCAAAGAGACACAUGUGCUUUUGCACCGGUGACUCCAGUGAUUGUUACACCGAGUUCAAAGCGCAAAUAUCCUGCUGAUUCCUCUCAAGGCUUCUCUAGCAAGAAAAGACGAUCUAUCAGGCAUAACAUGGGCCUUGAACUGUUACCAGAUAGCCUUUUUAGCCUUAGCUCAACACCUGGAUCAGUUCAAUUUGAAUCAAGUCCUGCAUCACUGGAGGUAUUUCAGAAUUCACUGUCUGUCUCAAUCAGUGGUGAAAAUCACCUACUUAAUAUAGGAAGUCGAAGAAGCAAAAGAAUUGCCAGCAAAAAAGUACAUAGGUUGACUACUGACAGCACCAUGACCUCAACAUUUAUUUGCAGUGUGUUACUUCUGGUGGCCUUCAGGUUAGCUUUAACGUUUAGCCACAGUCCCAGGAGUCCAGACCGAGUUUCUGAAGCUGAUAUUCAAAGACUUCUGCAUGGCGUAAUGGAGCAACUUGGCAUUGCCAGACCCAGAGUUGAAUAUCCAGCACACCAAGCUAUGAAUCUAGUAGGUCCACAGAACAUUGAAGGUGGUGCACAUGAAGGUCUGCAGCAUUUGGGUCCUUAUGGAAAUAUCCCAAAUAUUGUAGCUGAGCUGACAGGUGACAACAUACCUAAAGAUUUCAGUGAUGAUCAAGGGUAUCCAGAUCCUCCCAAUCCAUGCCCAAUGGGAAAAACAGUUGAUGAUGGAUGCCUUGAAAACACACCAGAUACAGCACAGUUCAGCAAAGAAUAUCAACUUCAUCAGCACCUCUUUGAUCCGGAACAUGACUAUCCUAGCAUGGGCAAAUGGAAUAAGAAUUUACUCUUUGAGAAAAUGAAGGGCGGACCAAAACGAAAGAAAAGGAGUGUAAAUCCGUAUCUCCAAGGACAAAGACUGGACAAUGUUGUAGCGAAGAAAUCUGUUCCGCAUUUUUCGGAUGAAGAAAAAGAAAACGAAGAAACCAAAUGAAGUCUAAUGGAAACCCCUAAACUUGCUUAUAAUCAUUGAUUCAAAUCCUCAUAGUGGCUGCAUGUUUGUUUCUUAUAUAAUUAUUGCCUGAAAGCAGCUAGAUUUAUAACAUUUGUUCUCCUAGAUACAUUGAAACUCAGUUCUGUUUUUGUUUUGUUAAGUGAACUAGAAUUUUCUUGCUUUGGAUGUGGAAGCAGCUUUUAAAAAUAACAAUGUUCAGUGGAGGUUAAGCGGCAUUAAAAUCAAUUUGUAAACAGGAGGACAAUUUUUGAACUUUUAUAUUUGUUGACAGAAUGUGAUGUUUGCCCUUUGAGAACAAUUAUUUUACCAAGUUACCUUCCAAAAUAAUAACCUAAUUCACAAUGUCUUACCCCAUAUGCUAUGUCUCUUACAAUAAAUACUAAAUGCAGCCUUUAGCAUUUGCAUGAAAAUA